AUGGAAUGGGGCAACCACACAGUGACCGAGUUCAUCCUGCUGGGCUUCACCACAGACCCCACGAUGCAGCUGGUCCUGUUCGCCCUGUUCCUGGGCGUGUACUCUGUGACCUGGCUGGGAAACACCUCCCUCAUGGUGCUCAUCUGUAAUGACGCCCGGCUCCACACACCCAUGUAUUUCUUCAUUGGAAAUCUCUCUUUCCUGGAUCUCUGGUAUUCUUCAGUCUACACCCCAAAGAUCCUAGUGACCUGCAUCUCUGAGGACAAAAGCAUCUCCUUUGCAGGCUGUGUGGCCCAGUUCUUCUUCUCUGCUGGACUGGCCUACAGUGAGUGCUACCUACUUGUGGCCAUGGCCUACGACCGCUACAUGGCCAUCUCUAAGCCCCUGCUCUAUGCUCAGGCCAUGCCAAGGAGACUGUGCGUCUGUCUGGUUCUCUGCUCCUACACUGGGGGCUUCGUCAACGCGAUCAUCUUGAGCAGCAACACAUUCACGCUGCAUUUCUGUGGUGGCAACGUCAUUGAUGACUUUUUCUGUGAUGUCCCGCCCCUGGUGAAGUUGGCAUGUGAUGUGACAGACAGCUACCAGUCUGUGCUGUACUUCCUGCUGACGUCCAAUGUCAUCACGCCCCUCGCCCUCAUCCUGGCCUCCUACCUCUUCAUCAUCGCCGCCGUCCUGAGGAUCCGCUCUGCGCAGGGCCGCCUCAAGGCCUUCUCCACGUGCUCCUCCCACCUGGCCUCUGUCACCCUGUACUACGGCUCCAUCCUCUACAUCUACGCGCGCCCCAGUUCCAGCUACAAUCUUGAGAGGGACAAGAUGGUCUCCACCUUCUAUACUGUGCUUUUCCCUAUGCUGAACCCCAUGAUAUACAGUCUGAGGAAUAAAGAUGUGAAAGACGCUCUAAAGAAACUCUGUGACUUCUCAUAG